AUGGCAAUUAUCAAUAAAGAUUGGAUUGAUGCACCCCAAAAUGCCGAAGAAUAUAUUAAAGGAGUUGAGAAUUUUCUUGAAUUAGCAGUUCUAAAUUCAACCAUGGACGUUGAGGAAGAUGAUGAACCGGAAAUUUUAUGCCCAUGUACGAAGUGUGUUAACAGAUUCUGGUUCACUAGGGAGGUGGUUUUCGAUCACCUAAUUGCUCAUAGAUUUAACAAGAGGUAUAAAGUGUGGAAUUUUCAUGGCGAAGGACUGACAGCAGGGUCUUCUUCAAGGGGAAGUGGGCAUCAAUGUGAUAAUCAAAACACAUUAGACAAUAUGGGUGAGAUGAUUAAUGAUAUAUUAAGAGAUGUUAUGGGAGGUUCCACCUCUGAAGCAGAAGGAAUUCACAAGGGUCUUGAUGAGAGUGCUAAAAAGUUUUUUAAACUGUUAGAAGAUGCAAAAGAGGAAUUAUAUCCACGUUGUAAAAAAUUUUCAGUGCUUUCAUACACAGUGCAAUUUUAUCUACUUAAAUGCCUUAACGGGUGGAGCAAUUCUUCUUUCGAUGAGUUGAUGAAGCUUCAAUGUGCUGCAUUUCCAUCAGCAAAGCUCCCCACUUCUUUUCAUCAUGCUAAAAAAAUGGUGAAGAACCUUGGACUUGAUUACAAACGAAUUGAUGCGUGUCCCAAUGAUUGUAUGUUGUAUUGGAAAGAGCGUGCAAAUGACAAGUCUUGCCAUGUUUGUAAAGCUUCUAGGUGGAAAUUAAAUGAGAAACAAAAAGAGGAAGGUGCAUUGCCCGACGAAGGAGUUCCUGCAAAAGUUUUGCGUUACUUUCCACUUAAACCUCGUCUACAAAGGUUGUUCAUGUGCUCUAAGACGGCUGAACUUAUGACAUGGCAUGAAACUGAUCGUAAGAAAGAUGACAAAUUAAGGCACCCUGCUGAUGGACAAGCUUGGAAAAAUUUCGACAUUGCGCAUCCUCAAUUUGCAAGUGAUUGUCGAAAUGUGAGGCUUGGUCUUACUACUGAUGGUUUCAACCCGUUCAGAACUAUGAGUGUGUCAUAUAGUAUUUGGCCAGUUGUUUUAUCCAUUUAUAAUUUGCCUCCUUGGUUAUAUAAUAAGUCUGAGUAUAAUAUCAUGUCUUUGAUUAUACCUGGUCCUUCUUCUCCAGGGUAUGACAUAGAUGUUUACUUGCAACCGUUAAUCGAGGAAUUGAAAGAGUUAUGGGAAGUUAGAGUUGACAUUUAUGAUGCCGUGAAAGAUGAAAAAUUUUCAUUAAGGGCUGCCUUGUUAUGGACAAUCAGUGACUUUCCUGCUUAUGCAAUGUUGUCAGGAUGGAGUACUAAAGGAGAAUUUGCUUGCCCGAAUUGUAAUCAUAAGACUUGGUCCAAAUACCUUAAGUAUAGUAAGAAAAUGUGUUACAUGGGACAUCGUAGCUCUUUGAAAGAAAAUCAUCCAUGGCGUCGUAAUAAAAGAGCUUUUGACGGUAAUGUAGAAACAAGGCCUCCUCCUACUAGAUUGUCGGGUUUUGAUGUAUUAAAAGAUCUAGAAGGGUUUGAAAAUAAAUUUGGGAAAACUCAAAAGAAAGGCAGGAAGAAAUUUCCUUGGAAGAAGAAAUCCAUUUUCUUUGAGCUUCCUUAUUGGGAAACUAAUACCUUGCGUCAUAAUCUUAAUGUUAUGCACAUUGAGAAAAAUAUCUGUGACAGUGUGCUUGGUACUUUGCUUGAUAUCCCAGGAAAGACUAAAGACCAUGUGGCAGCCCGCUUUGAUUUACAAGAUAUGGGUAUAAGAAAUGAACUCCAUCCAAAGAGAACGAAUAAUAGAGGGAAGCGUUUAUACUCCAAAGCUUGUUUUUCCUUAUCUUCUAAUGAAAAAGACUUGUUUUGCAGUGUGAUAAAAAGUGCUAAGUUUCCCGAUGGUUGUGCAUCAAACAUCUCUCGAUGCGUCCAAUACCAUGAGAGGAAGGCUACUGGUUACAAGAGUCAUGAUGCCCACUUUAUGCUUCAUUAUUUGCUCCAAGUUGCUGUAAAGAAUACCCUUCCUAAGCAAGUAGCAUCAACUUUGAUUAGGCUAGGAUCCUUUUUUAGGGGUCUAUGUAGGAAAGUUCUAAAGCCUAAAGAUCUUGACGAUCUUGAAUCUGAAAUCAUAGAGAUACUUUGCCUACUUGAGAAGAUAUUUCCCCCCCCAGUUUCUUUGACAUAA